GAAAAAGCAGAAACGUAGGCUGGCCGUCACCCAAAGAUGUAGAUGUUUCUUACAGUGUACCUCAGCAACAAUGAGCAACACUUCACAGAGGUGCCAAUCACCCCAGAAACUACAUGCAGAGAUGUAGUGGAUUUAUGUAAAGAGCCUGGUGAAACUGAAUGUCACCUAGCAGAAGUAUGGUGUGGCUCAGAGCGCCCAGUACCUGAUAAUGAGCGCAUGUUAGAUCUUCUGCAGCGUUAUGGAGCUCAAAGAAGUGAGGUUCGGUUCUUUCUACGUCAUGAACGAUCCCCUAGUAGGGAAACCGGAAGUGGAACCAGUGUGAAGAGAAAUGGUGUAAAAAUUGCUGGUGAACGAAGGACAGAGAAUGGAGUCAGUGCUCCUCGGAUGGAUAUGACUCUGGCCGAACUGCAGGAAAUGGCAUCACGACAACAGCAUCAAAUAGAGGCACAACAGCAAAUGUUGGCUAACAAGGAGCAGCGGUUAAAAUUUCUAAAACAGCAGGAUCAACGGCAGCAACAACAAGCUGCAGAGCAGGAAAAGCUAAAAAGAUUAAAAGAAAUUGCAGAGAAUCAGGAAGCCAAACUGAAGAAAGUGAGAGCAUUGAAAGGCCAUGUAGAGCAAAAACGGCUCAGUAAUGGAAAACUAGUGGAGGAGAUUGAGCAGAUGAACAGUUUGUUCCAGCAAAAACAACGAGAACUGGUACUGGCUGUGUCAAAGGUAGAAGAACUUACUAGGCAAUUGGAGAUGCUCAAGAAUGGCCGGAUUGAUGGUUACCAUGACAACCAGUCGGCUGUAGCUGAACUUGACCGCUUGUACAAGGAGCUUCAGCUGAGGAACAAACUGAACCAGGAGCAGAAUGCCAAGCUGCAGCAACAGAGGGACUGCUUAAACAAACGCAACUCAGAGGUGGCAGUUAUGGAUAAGCGUGUUAAUGAGUUGAGGGAACGGCUGUGGAAGAAAAAGGCUGCGCUGCAGCAAAAAGAAAAUGUACCGGUGACCUCUGAUGGGAAUCAGUCACAGCCAGUGGUAUCUACUCCAAGCCGAGUGGCAGCAGUUGGUCCUUACAUCCAGUCUUCCACCAUGCCACGAAUUGCCCCAAGGAAUGAACUUUUAGUGAAGCCAGCUUUUCCAGAUGGGACUGCAUCCUUACAAGUCUCUGAUGGUCCUUUGAAAACCCAGACUCUACCAAACAUGAGAGCUGGGAUUCUUACGCAAAUGAAAGCUUCUGGUGGUACUACAGCUGUUGGUUCAAAACCUACCCUCACCAUCAGUGAUUGGAAUAAUUCAAAUGCUGAUAACUUUAUGAAUCAGGGACUAACUUCUUCAGUGACAAAAGCCAGUGGUAACAGUGAAGGGCAAAGUAAGUUUCUUUGGUAGUAUAGUAGUUUAUUU